AUGGAGAACGCACUAGAAGUCGCAGAUUGGGGAGAUGAUGAUGAUUUACCUCAAGCUACCGAAGAAAGCACUGCUGGUGGUGCAGACGCUGAUGCUCUUUCCCUCGCUAGCGACGACAACGACCUCGAGGCACUCAAAAAGUAUCAUAAUCAGACCUGGAAUGACGGUCAACAAACACAGGAGCCUCCAGCUUCGGGCUCGGCCUCCCAGAUGCUCGUAGAGUCUCAACCAGAGCCAACGGAACGCGCACCCUCGCCAAAGGACCCGCCAGUAACGCAAAAGCCACAAAAGAUCGAGGAAUUACCUUUACACCCUACUUUACCCCCUAAACCGGUCGCAACCGUCUUUACAUCGAUGCCUGUGCUGACCGUUUCCGCGGAGGCCAUGGCACCACCAAGGGCUCAUGCAAGAGCUAAUAAUGAAGGAAGAGAGCCGGUAGAGUAUUACCUGAAGGAUGGGAGGAGCGAAAGUCGAGCAAAGGCGAGACUUAUUACUGCGAAAUACGGUCAGGGAAGACACAGUGGGAGCAUCCUGCCAAAAGUAUGCGCAGCUCCCGUCGUGACUCCCGCGAGAGAGAGAGCAAGCGAGGAGGUCGUGAAGACGCGCCCAGACGUUCGAGAUCGAGGGAACGACGAUCAACCAGGAGAUCCACAUCUCCACGGCCACAGGGCAAUUACCGGGCUCGUUCGCCCCCAGGUGAUCCAUACAGGCCGAUGA